AUGAACAAUUCAUCAUUUUCGUCCAAUAAUAAUAAUAAUAAUAAAUAUGAUAAAAAGGAAAAUAUUAACAAUAUUCAUAAUGUUAUCCCCGAUGACACUGAAAAUGGAGCUGAUGAACUAACAUUAAGAAAUAGUAAUGCAUUGGAAGUUUUAUCGGAAGAUCAAUCAAAUCUCAGUAUACGCAGAAGUCGAAUUGGACGACCUGUUGAUUCCAUAUCAACCAGUAUUCUUCCGACUAAUACCGUUACUAAUUCUCAAUUGAAUCUUCGUAUUAUUGACUUUAAUGAUUUAUACAUAGGAGACACAAUUGGUGUAGGUGGUUUUGGUCAUGUCUUUCAUGGUAAAUUUGGUAAUGUUGAUGUAGCCAUAAAGACAGCAAAAUCUUUUGCAUCAUUUUGCUCAAUUCCAAUAACAAAUUAUGAUGAUACAUCUGAUGCUGUACAAAAAACUCUUAUUGAUGGUCUUUUACGUGAAGCACGUCUUUUUUCUAAUCUUAAACAUCGAAAUAUAAUUCAAUUAUUCGGUGUUAGUCCAUCAUUAUCAACAAAAAAUCUUUAUCUUGUUAUGGAAUAUGCACAUGGUGGUGCAUUAAAUCAUCUUUUACGUAAACGUCAAUCAGGUCUUUAUCCAAAUGUAUUUAUACAAUAUGCUAAACAAAUAGCUGAUGGUAUGAGAUAUUUACAUGAAGAAGCAUGUGAACAUAUUAUUCAUCGAGAUUUAAAAUGUUCAAAUAUUCUUAUUUUAGAACAUAUUAAUGAUGUUCAUAAUGAUAGUGAUCUUUUAUAUAAAACAUUAAAAAUAACAGAUUUUGGACUUGCUAGAAAACAAUUACAAUCAUCAAGUGUAUCAACUGCUGGAACAUUUGCUUGGAUGAGUCCAGAAUGUAUUCGUAAUACGGAAUUUUCAACGAAAUCAGAUGUUUGGAGGGGGGAGACUUUUGUCGUCUACUGUAUAUGGCCAAUUAUAUCAAAAUAUGUUGAAAAUAUAGUUAAAAAUAUCAUUGAACCCGAAAUAAAAAAACAAAUAUCAGGUCUUUCAUUUGAACAAAUUAAUCUAGGUGAUUUUCGACCACGUUUAGACGGUAUUAAAAUUUAUAAAAAUAGUAUACAUUCAAAUGAAAUUAUACUUGAUAUAGAAUUAUUUUAUGGCGGUGAUAUACAAAUUAAAAUGAAAUAUUAUAGUUUAAAAAUUGGUAUUAAAUCAUUUUAUUUGCAUGGUCAAUUACGUCUUGUAAUUAAAUCUAAUAUAUCUAAAAUACCCUUUAUUAGUGCAUUAGAAUUAUUUUUUCUUCGUAUACCUAUUAUACAUUUUGAUUUAACUGAUAUUGCUAAUUUAAUUGAAAUACCAGGUUUAUAUAAUUUACUGAUAUUAUCAUUUGAACGUUUAUUACAAACAUUUAUUGUUGUACCAAAUCGUUUAAUUAUUGCAUUUUUCAAUGAUAUUGAUAUAAAUCAAUUAAAAUUUCCUAAACCUGAUGCUAUGUUACGUAUUGAUAUAAUUGAAGGAAAAAAUUUAUCGAAAUAUAAUCAUUCAUUAUUUAGAAAAAAAUAUUCAAUUAAUACUUUUGUUAUUAUUAAUGUAGGACAAUAUAAACUUAAAACACAUACACAAAAAACAAAUAAUCCAAAAUGGUAUGAAACAUUUGAAAUUCCUAUUGAACAACCGAAUAUUCAACAACUUCAGAUAUCUGUAUUCAAUACUGCUCUUGGUAUUGAUUAUUAUAUUGGUACAUUAAAUAUUUCUCUAUAUAGUAUUAGAAGUAAUAAUAAAAAUUUUGUUGAUCAAUGGGAUGCUUGUUCACUUUAA